UAAGGCUAAGAAUUAGUGUUGAGACUACCAGUCCCAUAGUGCCGUGCGUCAGUCGUCGUUUGGUUGUACUUGUUACCCAGGCAACCUAGCUAAGAUGGCGACGGCUUUGGGUGCAGAACCUUCUGAACGAGGGUAAGUAGUGGAAAAAGGUAUCUGGGCUGGAGUGUGAAGCUACACCGAGUGACAUCAGGCACUGUUGGCCAGAGGGCAAAAGGCACUGAGUGAACAACAGAGUUUUCAGUAAUGUCAUUAUUCAAAGCACGAGACUGGUGGUCAGCCUCACUAGGAAAGAAUGAAGAGUUUGAUCAAGGGUGUUUGUGCGUUUCUGAUGUUGAUAACAGCGGAACUGGUCAAGAUAAAAUAAUAGUGGGCAGUUUGAGUGGCUACCUCCGCAUAUUCUCUCCUCAUCCAUUAAAAGCUGGAGAUGGGAUGCAAGCUGAAGAUUUGCUGCUAGAGGUACAGCUGCGAGAUCCAGUGCUUCAAGUGGAAGUGGGAAAAUUUGUGUCUGGCACAGAAGUUCUUCAUCUUGCUGUAUUGCAUCCCAGAAAACUUUGUGUUUAUUCUGUGUCAGGCACACUGGGGAAUGUAGAACAUGGAAAUCAGUAUCAGAUUAAACUGAUGUAUGAACACAAUCUUCAGCGAACAUCAUGCAACAUGACUUACGGGCCCUUCGGUGGAGUAAAAGGGCGAGAUUUGAUUUGUAUUCAGUCAAUGGAUGGAAUGCUCAUGUUUUUUGAACAGGAAAGCUAUGCAUUUGGUCGAUACCUUCCAGGAUUUCUUUUACCAGGCCCCUUGAGUUACAGUCCCAAAACAGACUCCUUUGUUACUGUUUCUUCCAGUCGGCAAGUUGAAAGCUACAAAUACCAGGUGCUUGCUGUUGCAACGGAUGCUGAAUCCAGAAAGGAAGCCGAACAGCAGAAAAUGGGUGCUGGAAAGAAAGUGGUGGCAGACUGGGUUCUGAACAUUGGUGAACAGGCUUUGGAUAUAAACACGGUGUCCUUUAAUCAAACUUCUUUCUCUAUAUUUGUUCUUGGGGAACGAAACUUCUUCUGCCUCAAAGAGAGUGGGCAAAUACGCUUCAUGAAAAAACUUGAUUACAGUCCAAGCUGCUUCCUUCCUUAUGGUUCAGUAAAUGAUGGAACUAUAAAUACUUUGGUUGGAAACCAUAAUAACAUGUUGCUUGUGUACCAGGAUGUGACACUUAAGUGGGCAGCACAGCUUCCUCAAACCCCAGUUGCUGUAAAGGUUGCCAACUUCCAGGACCUUAAAGGUGUCAUAGUUACCCUAAGUGAAAGUGGGCAACUGCAGUGCUCUUACUUAGGCACAGACCCUUCUCUUUUCCAAGUGCCUAAAGUAGAAUCAAGGGAUAUAAACUAUGAAGAUCUUGAUGUGGAAAUGAAAGAACUUCAAAGAAUUAUUAAGGAAGCUACGAAAACCCAAGAUAUCUUGCCAAAGAUGGAAAAAGAUGAUGAUUUAACUUUAGUGGCAACUGUGUUGCCAGACCUUGAUUCUGUAUCUCAAGCGCUUGACAGUGAAGUGGAGUCAGAAGUGAUCCCAUCUGUAACAGUAAAGUUGUGUGUAAGAAGUAGACUGACUCUUCAAAAGGCAGUGUUGCUAAUAAGUACUCCUCCCCCAUUGUCACUUACUCAAGACCAGUUCAUAUUUGACACUUUAGAGCCAGGAGUUUCUAAAACUGCAAGUACUUCUGUGUUCCUGAAGGGAAAUUAUCCUCCAGCAGAUCUUGAUGGAAGUGCAGUGGUUUCUUACAGUACACCUACAGAACUGAACCCAGAAGGUGUACCUCGAGUUGUACAGUGUAAAUUUCGACUCCCUCUGAAGCUUGUUUGCUUCCCAAUACAACCUUCAAAAGUAGCAAAUCACAAGCUGACAAUUGAUACAAACAAACCUCCAGUCAAUCUAAUUAACUUGUUUCCAGAUUUCAUAGAUCAAGUGGAAGAGGACCAAGUCAGUGUUUUAGGAUUCAAUCUGCUUGCAGGUCAAAAAGUGACACUUCUUGCUUCUAAGACAUCACAGAGAUAUAGGAUCCAAAGCGAACAAUUUGAAGACCUCUGGCUAAUCACUAGAGAGCUUAUUCUACGUUUUGAAGAUUAUUUUUUGAAGCAAGGAAUUAAAGAUUUUACAUGUUCAUUUUCGGGACCAGUGCCAAUACAAGAAUAUUUUGAGCUUAUUGAUCAGCACUUUGAGCUCAGAUUGAAUGGGGAAAAGUAUGAAGCACUGUUGUCUGAACGUGCUGUGCAAUUCCGAGCUAUUCAAAGGCUUCUUCUAACAAGAUUCAAAGACAAAACACCAACUCCUUUACAAAACCUUGACACGUUACUGGAUGGUACAUAUCGACAGGUAAUCGGUAUAGCAGAUGCAGCUGAAGAGCUACAGCACAACUUGUUUCGAGCUUUUACAAGGCUAAAGAGUGCUACGCAACUGGUAAUUCUGCUAAUAGGAUUGUGGCAGAAGCUUAAUAAAGAACAGAUAGCCAUAUUGGAAGGAACAUUUUUGCCUUUACUUAAGGAUGGCCAAGAACUGGGUUGGGAGGAGUCUGUGGAUGCUGCUUUAUCACAUCUUUUGAGAACAUGCCUGUCUAAAAGCUCUAAAGAACAGGCCCUGAACCUUACUAGCCAUCUGAGCAUACCCAAAGAUACUUCCAGACUGAAGAAACACAUCACUUUACUCUGUGAAAGGCUGGCCAAAGGGGGCAGGUUGUCUCUAAGUGCUGACUCUGGAUCUCAACAAGCUGCUCUAAUGCCAGGCCUACCAAUGAAUCCUUCUGUUUCAUGAGUAAGGAUGCUACAUUUUUAUGCAAUUGUUAUGAAAAUGUGAUAUUUAUGCAGCUACACCCAAUCAAAGUGAAUUGCAUAUCUCUUGUCCUACCACACUGCACUGAAAUUGUGAGGAGAAAAUGUGAAAAUGAAGACGGAGAACACAGGGAAACAAUUGCCCAGGAAGGGGUAAUUCCAUGCAGGAUCUGUCAGGGAUGUGCAUUUCUUUAUUGGUGAUGUUCUGUGGAAGAUCCUAAUCAAGAAGAAGAAAAUUUUAUAUCAAAAUUGAUAACGUGUAUAGAUAACAGCAUUAGUUCAUGUUUCUCAGUUAGCCAAAAGCAUUUUUACUGUCUUUUUGCCCACAGCCAAUGCAUUUAUUUAUGUUUAUUUAUGAAUUGUUUAAGCUGCUUUUGACAGAAAAGUAAGCACAUUAAAUAACUGUUUACAUACGGUAGUUCAUGUUUAUUUUACGUCUGUCAAUUAGGAUGGUAUCUGUAUGGAGCAUUAGCAGAUGGCUACUUAAUGUGUCUCCUAAUGCUUAAUAAUGUUGUUCCUCAGGUCUUAUCUUUCUUUUGGUCAUUAACCAGUUUGUACUAUCAGCCUCAAUUUCAAGUCAUAAACAUUACAAGGAAAAUUAGAUUAUCACUUACCCUCUGUUACAGGAUAUGUUGCAGUGACAUCUGCGAGGAAUUUGGUACUUACAUAGUUAGCAUAAUCCGAUCUGUGCAUACAGAGAAAAUGGACAAGACAAUGGAAACCGGUUUCAUGGAGUGAAUAUGUGAUCUCCAUUCUUGUCAUUAUUCAGUAAUUAUUGUGAGUUUUGCUGACAUACAUUGACAUUUAAACAGUAGACUUAAAACAUGCAUUCUUGCCAUAGGAAAGCAUUAAAAGCAAUUAGGCGAUUAAGCAAUUUAAAAGGAACUUCUUGUUUUGAAUACAUUAAGACAUUUUUUGAAGCAGCAUACACUUUUACAUCUUGCUAGAAAAGUUACAUUUCACCUGCAGUUUAGCUUGGUCUUCACAAAGAAUGCCAGUACUUUGGCAAUACUUAGCAUGUACCAAAUUGUGUGAUUUCUUUCCCAUUUUUAAUUAGUCUAUAUUUUACAAUGCAAAUAUAAUUUUUUUACAUUAUUUAAUUUAGAUGCAAUAUAAUAAAUAUUUGUUACAUUA